AUGGCGCCGCGGUUCGCGUUCCGCACGAGCAAGUUCCGCAAUGUGGAGUGCAAGCUCCUGCCGCGCGAGCAGAGCUUCGACCAGCUGCAGGUGUCCUCCUCGCCCGUGGACGGCAACGUCCUGGCCGCCAACUCCUCGAGCUUCGCCUUCGCGCACCAGAUGGAUGGCGGCGGUGCGGUGCAGGUCAAACCCUUGACGCAGACGGGCAAGGAGGCAGCUACCACGCCGCCGCUGGUGCGCGCGCACCCGACGGGGCGCGUCACGGCGCUGAGCUUCUCGCCGUUCCACGAGGAGCUGCUGCUGUCGGCGGGGGACACCAAUGCCACGGUUAAGGUGUGGAAGUUGCCCGUUUUUGAUCCCAUAACGGAGGAUUUGGUGACCCCCGUGGCAACUUUGCAACAAGAUGCAACUAGUGGAAUCGUGGCUGGAAUUUUGCCACACCCGUCCGCGAACUCCAUUGUUGCCACGUACUCACGCCCCGGGUCUCUCAGAGUUUAUGACCUGCAAGCUGAAAAGUUGAGUUGGGAAGUUGGAGUGGGAGAUAAUGCGACGCUGAGUAGUGCGGCGUGGAAUUGGGACGGCAGCGCCAUGGUGUUGGCCACCCAGGACCAGGCCGUGAGGAUCCUCGACCCGAGAGUGGACCAAGCUUCGGCCCCCGCGAUUGAAGCGGCGCACACGGGGAAACGGCACUUAAGUGUGGUUUGGUGCGGCCGGACCCAGCACUUUUUCACGUGUGGCAGCGACCGGAUGCAGGAGCGCGAACUCAAAAUAUGGGACCCGAGGCAAUUGGGCAAGUGUCUGCAUCGUGAGCGGCUCGAUGCCGGAGGUGUGGGCCAAUUGUUCCCGUUGUAUGACGCCGACUUGGAUCUGUUGUACGUGCUGGGCAAGGGAGACCGCAGCGCUAGGCUGUUUGAGGUGGACUUGACGCGUGCGCCGUAUGUGCAUGCGCUUGAUCACAGUGCACUGGGGAGUAUGACGCUGGCGGCGACGUUGUUGCCGAAGGCUGUUUGCGAUACCAACGUGUGUGAAGUGGCUCGCGUGCUGAACCUCAGCGCGAGUGGAAGCAGUGUCGGGGGCAGCUGUGAAGUGGUGAGCUACCUGGUGCCUCGCAAGGAGGCGACGCAUACGUUCCAGAGCGACUUGUAUCCGGACACGUUGGCGACUGAAGCCGCGAUUGCUGCUGAGGAGUGGGCCCAGGGACGCAACGCGGAGCCCAAGGUGCAGGUUGUCAAACCAACAGUCAAAAGUGCAGAGGAUAUGACUGGAAGUGUGUUUGGUAGACCCGCCGCGAGCACACCUGCAGCGUCGGGGUGGGGUGCAGCAGCUAACGGCACCCCUGCGGCUAAUGGAUGGCAGACUUCUGGCUGGGGCCAAGCACUGACGACAACAGCGUCGUCAAGUGUACCGUCAAAAACUGCGUCUGAUGUCAAGACAGGCUGGGGAUCAAGCACCAGGAAGUGGAAUGAGCCGGAGCCGAAAGCUCUGAGUACACCUUCACCCCCUGCGCAAUGGAACUCUUCGUUCUCACCCGCGACGGCUGCUGCUACAACUAAUGCUGCUACUACGCCGACACCUCCUCCAGCCCCGUCGAACACAGCUCCAGCAUCAGCAGAAAACCCUGAAGUGACCCCCGCCCCAGCCGAAGUUACGCCGACGCCUGACGUGCCAUCAACUGACGCAGGGUCAAUGACUAUCGCGGAUGUUGUUGAGUUAUCGGACAAAGCGCAGCGACUCGGCGCGAAAUACGGACACAAGUUAAAAUAUCUGCAGGGCAAAGAGGCCCCACGCAACGACGUCUUCCACUUUGGCGACAAACGAGUCUCAUUCUCGACGCAAGCCUCACCCGUGAUAGCUGCAAACGCGUCGUACUGGGCAGCCCCCAUCGCUGGUGCGGGUGGACCUGUUCUGGUGGAGAAGCUUGACGCGACUGGAAAGGCACAGCAUGGAGCUGCUCCGGUAAUUAACGGGCAAAAGGCCGAGGUUUCCGCCCUCGCUUUCAACCCGUUCAACGACCACAUUCUCGCUACCGGAUCGACCGACUCAAGUAUCCAGCUCUGGUCUCUAGACUCUCAGAGCACAGUCGAGACAUUCGAAGCUCCAAGCACACCGGCAUUGACGCUGUCAGGACACAAAAAGGGUCUUCGAGCUCUACAGUUCAACCCGACAGCCGCCGACGUGCUUUGCUCAACCAGUCACGAUCUCUCGUUGCGCUUCUGGGACCUUGAAGCUGGCCAAGAAAAAAUGUGCUUGGAGGGAAAGCUGGACGAUAUUACGUGGAACAUGGCCUUCAGCAAUGAUGGCUCUCUGUUGGCCACUGCAAGUCGAGCCAAAAUCGUGCGUGUGUUUGACCCUCGCCAGUCUGAGCACGCGCUGGUUGCUAUGGGCUGCGGCCAUGAGAGCAGCAAGCCGCAGUUUGUCACGUGGGCCGACUCAACGCGUCUGCUGACGGUUGGAGUCAACGCACGCAAUGAGACGCAAGUCAGCUUCUGGGACUCGCGUAACUUGCUGGAACCUGUUGGGGUGCCGGUGCUGGUCGAGCCCGCUGCGAGUGUGGCUAGCACGACUACACCGCUACCGCUCUACGACGCCAGCUCGCACUUGCUCUUCCUUGUGGGCACAGGUAGUCGUCACAUCUGGAGCUACGAGGUUGAUCCGACAGCAGCUACAGUCCAAGCGAACCUACCGUUCAUGAUGGCCGGUACCGACACCAUCGGCGGAGUGGCUCUGCUUCCGAAGACAAUCUGCAACGUUCGUGAUGUCGAGUUGGCGCAGUUGCUGGUGGCAACGCCCAAUGUUGUGGAGCGCGUGUCAUUUUCGCUCCCGCGCGCGCAGAAGCUCAAGGAGUUCUUCCAAGACGACGUCUAUGGCUUGGUGCCCAAGCAGGAGCCAACUGUGACCGCCGAGCAGUGGUGUGCGGGCGAGACUGUUGCUCCAGUAUAUGAAUCACUCCGACCGGAUGGUAUGGUGCCGCUCUCCGAGAAGCCGAAGGACACCGCACCCGUGCGCCCGAAAACCUUGGACUUCCAGGCCCGCAGGCGCGAAGAGGAGGAGAGGGAGCGCCAGAAAGCAGCUCAAUUUGCGCGGCUCAGUGCGCUUGCCGCGCAGCCGACGCUGCACUCCAACCACCAUACUGGAGUCAACCCUUCAGCGGCUCAGACAGCAGCGGACGACAGCGACGACGACUGGGACGACUAA